AGCUCCGGCCGGCCAAGGUUACUGCAGGAGCACCUCUUCCAGCCAGCAAACAGAGGGGGAUCGGAGAAAAGCGCGUCCUCCGAAGAGCAUGGCUCUUCCCCAACAAAGAAACUCGCAGGCGGAAAGUUUAAAGUAAUAAGGAGACGCUUCAUUUCGCACUUGACGGGACGCGGCUGAGCGCAAACCGGGGAGCGAUGCACUUCGUUAAAUGGGAUUUGUUGCUGACAUUGUGGUGGUGCAAGCUGUUUUCUCUGGCGCAGUGUUACAGCGUGCACAUCGACGGGGAUGCGGGGACGCGGACGGCGCUGGCCGGCGCGGCGCAGAGCGCGCCGUGCGCUCUGGAUCAGGUGGUCGCUCCAAAAUUCACCCGGCGCUUUCUGGAGCCGGACGCAGCGACGGGGGUUGUGUUUGUGUCGGACUCGCUAAAGUGCCCCUCUCUGCCUUCAAACCCCUUCACUUUGUACACUGUGACGGACUGCAGGGACUCCGGGCAUCGGCACCUUGUCACCAGUCAGUACGACGUGUAUGUCCACGGCAGAAACUGUUCCCACACGCGUAAAAGUAAACCCCGGUGGGACAUGGAGGUCCUCAGCUUGCUCAGCACCCAUAGUCGCCACAACUCAGAGUGUCAUCAAGCAGACUCCGCUUUAUUUCCAGUGGCAGGUCUGCUGCCUGCCCCCCUGCUCCGCUGCAAGGUCGCCAACAGCCGUGAGUUUUACUUCUCAGAGGGGGUUUUGUUUGCAUCUCAGACUCUGUGCUGGGGGCAGGACACCCUCCUAGAGCUGGACAUGCUGUGUGAUGUGAUCACAGGAAACGGGCUGAAUGUCAACUCCAUCUUCAUCCACUGGCGGCUGGGCCUCGGCCCCUUCAGGCAGAGCCACUUACAGAAGCUCUUGGAGAAGUCGGCUCAGUCGGAUUCAGGUAUCGUGAGCAGGAGGAGGAGAAGCAUCAACAGCAGCCCCCAGUUUCAGCCUCCCAUGUACCAAGUAUCUGUGGCGGAGAAUAAACCGGCGGGGACCUCGGUCGCCGCUCUGAAAGCAGUGGAUGUGGAUGAGGGGGAGGCAGGCAGGCUGGAGUAUUUCAUAGAGGCUCUUUUUGACAGCCGGUCCAACAAUCUUUUCGCCGUGGACCCGGCCAGCGGUGCUGUGUCGACAGUAGAGGUGCUGGACCGGGAAACAAAAGACACCCACGUGUUUCGUGUGACAGCAGUUGACCAUGGCACGCCCCGGCGUACCGCCAUGGCCACCCUCACUAUAACAGUCAGUGACACUAAUGAUCACGACCCCGUCUUUGAGCAGCAAGACUAUAAAGAAAGCAUCCGAGAGAACUUAGAAAUUGGCUACGAGGUGUUAACGGUGAGGGCCACGGAUGGGGACGCACCUGUUAACGGUAACAUCCUGUACCACAUCCUCAACAAUAACGGCUCCAAUGAUGUUUUUGAGAUAGAUUCCAGGUCUGGUGUUAUCCGCACUAAAGGCUUGGUUGACAGAGAGAGAGUGGAGGCUUAUAUGCUGUUAGUUGAGGCAAAUGAUCAGGGUCGUGACCCCGGGCCCCGUAGUGCCACAGCUACCGUUCACAUAGUGGUCGAGGAUGACAACGAUAACGCUCCUCAGUUUAGCGAGAAACGCUACGUGGUGCAGGUACCUGAGGACAGGGCCCCUAAUACUGAGAUCCUGCAGGUGACCGCCACCGAUCAGGACCGAGGGAGCAAUGCUGUCGUUCACUUCAGCAUCAUGAGCGGGAACACGCGUGGGCAGUUUUAUAUUGAUGCUCAGACGGGUCAAAUGGACUUGGUGAGCCACUUGGAUUAUGAAGCCAACAAAGAAUAUACCUUGAGAAUCAGAGCUCAGGAUGGAGGACGACCUCCACUGUCCAACAUCAGCGGCCUGGUCACCGUUCAGGUCCUGGAUGUGAAUGACAACGCUCCUAUUUUCGUGAGCACCCCGUUCCAGGCCACAGUUCUUGAAAAUGUCCCUCUUGGUUACUCCAUCAUUCACAUCCAAGCUGUGGAUGCAGACUCUGGUGAAAACUCCCGGCUGGAGUAUCGGCUCACUGAAACCACGCCAAACUUCCCCUUCAGCAUCAAUAACAGCACCGGGUGGAUUGUUGUAGCGGCAGAAUUAGACAGGGAGAGUGUAGAUUUUUACAACUUUGGAGUAGAGGCCCGUGAUCACGGCUACCCUAUGAUGUCAUCAUCAGCGAGCAUCAGCAUGACGAUUUUAGACGUCAAUGACAACAAUCCAGAGUUCACUCAGAAGGCGUAUUACAUGCGACUUAAUGAGGAUGCAGCUGUUGGGACCAGCGUGGUGACGGUGUCUGCUGUGGACCAGGACAUCAACAGCGUGGUGACGUAUCAGAUAUCCAGCGGAAACACCCGGAACAGAUUCUCCAUCACCAGUCAAAGUGGAGGUGGACUUAUUACACUGGCACUGCCUCUAGACUACAAACUGGAGCGCCAGUAUGUACUCACUGUCACUGCAAGUGAUGGCACCCGCUUUGACACAGCUAAGGUGUUUGUCAACGUUACAGAUGCAAACACACACCGGCCCGUGUUUCAGAGCUCACAUUACACCGUCAAUAUCAAUGAGGACAGGCCUGUGGGCACAACUGUGGUUGUAAUAAGCGCCACUGAUGAAGAUACGGGUGAAAAUGCACGCAUUACCUACUUUAUGGACGACAGCAUCCCUCAGUUUGAUAUUGACCCAGACACGGGAGCUGUCACCACUCAGAUUGAGCUGGACUAUGAGGACCAGGUUUCCUACACGCUUGCCAUCACUGCUCGGGAUAAUGGCAUCCCACAGAAGUCUGACACAACCUACCUGGAGAUACUGGUGAACGACGUCAACGACAACUCCCCCCGUUUCCUCAGGGAUCACUACGUGGGCUCCGUGAUGGAAGACGUGCCAGUUUUCACCAGUGUGGUUCAAGUGUCUGCCAUCGAUAGAGACUCUGGGCUAAAUGGGCGUGUUUUCUACACUUUCCAGGGAGGGGAGGAUGGAGACGGGGACUUCAUAAUUGAGUCCACAUCUGGCAUUGUCCGUACACUGCGCAGGUUAGACAGAGAAAAUGUCCCACUUUACAACCUGCAAGCCUUUGCAGUAGAUAAAGGCGUUCCUGCUCUCAAAACUCCAGUAAACAUUCAAGUGACAAUCCUAGAUGUGAAUGACAACCCCCCUGUGUUUCAGGAAGAUGAGUUUGACAUAAUGGUGGAGGAAAACAGUCCCAUAGGCCUUGUGGUUGCACAUAUAUCAGCCACAGACCCUGAUGAAGGCAGUAAUGCACAGAUUAUGUAUCAGAUAGUGGAAGGAAACAUCCCAGAGGUGUUUCAGCUGGAUAUCUUCUCAGGAGAACUGACUGCAUUGAUAGAUUUGGACUAUGAGUUGAGGUCUGAGUAUGUCAUUGUGGUCCAGGCCACCUCAGCCCCCCUGGUCAGCAGAGCCACUGUACACAUCAAACUCGUCGACAAGAAUGACAAUGUGCCUGUGCUGAAAAACUUCCAGAUCAUCUUCAACAACUAUGUGACAGACAAGUCGAGCAGCUUCCCCAGCGGAGUUAUCGGGCGCAUCCCCGCCUACGACCCCGACGUCUCGGACCAGCUCCACUACAGCUUCGAGGUGGGAAAUGAGCUGAACCUGGUCGUCCUGAACCAAAGCACAGGGGAGAUCCAGCUGAGCCAGGCCCUGGAUAACAACCGGCCUCUGGAGGCCUCCAUGAAGAUCUCCGUGUCAGAUGGCGUUCACUCGGUGUCAGCUCAGUGCCUUCUGCAAGUCACCAUCAUCACAGACGAGAUGCUCUCCAACAGCAUCACGUUACGCCUGGCCAACACGUCUCAGGAGCACUUCCUGUCCCUGCUGCUCUCACAGUUCCUGGACGGUGUGGCCCAGGUCUUGUCUGCAGCCCGCCAAGACGUGGUCAUCUUCAACAUCCAGGACGAUACAGACGUCAGCGCUCGCAUCCUCAACGUCAGCUUAUCUGUGGCGAUGCCCGUGUUCGGGGAGGGACACCAGCGUCCGGGUGGGCUUGGGAGUGACCGGCCAGGGAGAGGGCUUGAAACCGGAGAGUUUUUCGGCUCUGAGGAACUCCAGGAGAGGCUGUAUUUGAACCGCAGCCUCCUGGCCCAGAUCUCCUCACAGGAGGUUCUCCCAUUCGAUGACAACAUCUGCCUGCGUGAGCCGUGUGAGAACUACAUGAAGUGUGUGUCCGUGCUGAAGUUCGACAGCCUGGCUCCGUUUGUUGCGUCCGAUACCAUCCUGUUCAGGCCCAUCCACCCUAUUGCCGGGCUGCGUUGCCGUUGUCCUACCGGCUUCACGGGAGACUACUGUGAGACCGAGAUUGACCUCUGCUACUCUAAACCAUGUGGAGCCCACGGUGUGUGUCGCAGCAGGGAGGGAGGCUUCACCUGCGAGUGCUUUGAGGACUAUACAGGAGAGCGCUGCGAGCUGUCAUCCCGCUCCGGCCGCUGUGCUCCAGGAGUCUGCAAGAAUGGGGGCUCCUGCGUGAACUUGCUGGUCGGUGGGUUCAAGUGCGAGUGUACGCCGGGCGGCUACGAGACGCCCUACUGUGAGAUGACCACGAGAAACUUCCCCCCACAUUCCUUCCUGACCUUCAAGGGUCUCCGGCAGCGUUUUCACUUCACCCUUUCACUCACAUUUGCCACUAAGGAGCCCAACGGGUUGUUACUGUAUAACGGCCGCUUCAACGAGAAACAUGACUUCCUCGCUCUAGAAAUCAUCAAUGAGCAGAUACAGCUCACCUUCUCUGCAGGAGAAACCAAGACUACAGUUUCCCCGUUCAUUAUGGGAGGUAUCAGUGAUGGCCAGUGGCACAUGGUGGAGGUCCACUACUACAACAAACCGAUCCUGAACCAGGCUGGCCUGCCGAUGGGCCCCUCGGAGCAGAAGGUUGUCAUAGUGACGGUGGAUAACUGCGACACCUCUGUGGCGCUGAGGUUCGGUCACAUGAUUGGAAACUACACCUGCUCCGCUCAGGGCAGCCAGUCGGGAUCCAAAAAAUCUCUGGACCUGACCGGGCCCCUGCUCCUAGGAGGAGUCCCUAAACUCCCCGAAGACUUUCCUGUUCGCAACCGGCAUUUUGUGGGAUGCAUGAAGAACCUGCGCAUCGACAGCCAGCACAUAGACAUGGCCAGCUUCAUCGCUAACAACGGCACUCAGCCAGGAUGUUCUGCCAAGAGACAUUUCUGCAACAAUAGCCCGUGUCUGAACGGAGGAACCUGUGUGAACCUGUGGGGCUCCUUCAGCUGCGACUGCCUGCUGGGAUUUGGAGGACAGAACUGUGAGAGAGCCAUGGCCAGCCCACUGCGUUUCCAGGGUAACAGCUUGUUGCUGUGGAGCAACCUGGAGGCGGUGCCGGCCUCCAUCCUCUGGCACAUCGAGCUCAUGUUCCGCACUCGUCAGUCUAGCGCCACGCUGCUUCACGUGUCGUCUGGUCUACAGCACAACCUCACACUGCAGCUGCGUGGGGGGAGUGUGCUGAUGGGGCUGCACAGGGGGGAGGACUCCACUCUCUCCCGUGUGGAGGAGGUGCUGGUGAACGAUGGAGAAUGGCAUCAUUUGCAGCUGGAUAUUAGCAGUCUGGAAGCAGCGAUGAGACACCACAAGGCAGUGCUGUCCUUGGAUCAUGGACUCUACUUGGCCAGUAUGGAGGUGGAUGGGAAGCUGCGCGACUCCAAGCUGAGGACUGUAAGCGUUGGGGGUUUGGCAAGGCCUGAUGGGAAGAUUCAGCAUGGCUUUCGUGGGUGCAUACAGGGUCUGCGUGUCGGCGGGGCUCUGACUCUGUCUCAGGCAAGGAAGGUGAACGUAGAGCAAGGAUGCAAUGUGCCAGACCCCUGCAGCUCCAACCCCUGUCCUGCCAACAGCUACUGCAGCGACAACUGGGACAGUUUCUCGUGCACCUGCCUCAGCGGUUACUACGGGACCAACUGCACUGAUGUGUGCUCGCUGAAUCCCUGUGAACACGAGUCAGCUUGCACCAGGAAGCCAAGUUCCUCUCGCGGUUACAACUGUGACUGUCCCAGAAGCUACUUCGGCCGAUACUGCGAGAAAAAGACCGACUUGCCAUGUCCAAGAGGUUGGUGGGGCCACAAGACCUGCGGGCCCUGCAGCUGUCCAACACACAAAGGUUUUGACUCUGACUGCAACAAGACAAGCGGGGAGUGCCGCUGUAAGGACAACCACUACCGUCCCCAAGGCAGCGACACCUGCCUACUUUGCGACUGCUACCCUGUUGGCUCUUUCUCCAGAGCCUGUGACAGAGAGAGUGGGCAGUGUCAGUGUAAAGCCGGCGUCAUCGGACGUCAGUGCGAUCGCUGCGACAACCCGUUUGCUGAGGUCUCUUCCAACGGCUGUGAAGUAAUCUAUGACAGCUGCCCUCAGGCCAUCGAGGCAGGAAUAUGGUGGCCCAGGACUAAGUUUGGUCUUCCCGCGGCCGUCCCCUGUCCCAAGGGAACUCUCGGCACAGCCAUCCGGCACUGUGACGAGCACAAGGGCUGGUUGCCUCCCAACCUCUUCAACUGCACCUCCAUCACCUUCACCAAACUGAAAGCGCUGUCUGAAAGGUUUUCCCGUAAUGCGUCGCUCCUGGACUCUGGGCACGUCCAACAGACAGCAGCCAUGUUGGCCAACGCCACCGUACACACGGAGGAGUUUUACGGCAGCGACGUGAAAGUGGCCUACCGACUCACGCAGAGCCUUCUGCAGUACGAGAGCAGCCAGCAGGGCUUCAACCUCACGGCUACGCAGGACGUCCACUUCACCGAGAACCUGGUCCGCGUGGGCAGCACCAUCCUGUCUCCAGGGACGCGGCCGCACUGGGAGCUGAUCCAGCACACGGAGGGCGGCACGGCGGCGCUGCUGCGCCACUUUGAGGAAUAUGCAAACACGCUGGCGCAGAACAUGAGGAAGACCUACCUGAGCCCCUUCACCAUCGUCACACCAAACAUAGUCAUUUCUGUGGACCGUCUGAAAAAGCUGAAUUUUCCCGGAGCCAAACUCCCGCGGUACCAGUCCCUGAGGGGCCCGCGUCCUGUGGACCAGGAAACGGCCGUCACCCUCCCGGAUUCAGUCUUUCAGCUGCCCGUGGACACCAAGGGCCACCGGCACCUCGACGUCUUCCCAGAGUCCUCGCCCAGGAACCGCUCGGCUAGCAGGAAGAGACGCCACCCCGACGACAGCCAGCAGGACGCCAUCGCCAGUGUGAUCAUCUUCCACAGCCUCGCGUCACUGUUACCAGAGAGCUACGAUCCAGACAAGAGAAGUCUGCGAGUACCAAAGCGUCCGAUCAUCAACACCCCGGUGGUCAGUAUCACGGUCCAUGACAACGAUGAGCUGCUGCAGCAUCCGCUGGACAAACCCAUCACUGUGCAGUUCCGCCUGGUCACCACCGAGGAGCGCUCCAAACCCAUCUGUGUCUUCUGGAACCACACCAUACUCGCUGGAAACGGGGGCUGGUCGGCGAAGGGCUGCGAGGUGGUUUUCAGGAACAGCACCCACAUCAGCUGCCAGUGCUAUCACAUGACCAGCUUUGCCGUGCUGAUGGACGUCUCCAGGAGGGAGAACGGUGAGAUCCUGCCCAUCAAGAUCCUGACGUGGAGCACAGCCGGUGUGACGCUGGGCUUCCUCUUCCUCACCAUCAUUUUCCUGCUGUGCCUGAGAGCCAUGCAGUCCAACAAGACAAGCAUAAUCAACAACGGCGCUGCCGCUCUCUUCCUCUCUGAGCUCAUCUUCAUCUUGGGUAUCAACCAGGCGGACAACCCGUUUCUCUGCACAGUCAUCGCCAUCCUGCUGCACUUCUUCUACCUCUGCUCUUUCUCCUGGCUCUUCCUGGAGGGGCUGCACGUUUACCGCAUGAUCAGCGAGGUGCGAGACAUCAACUAUGGACCCAUGAGAUUCUACUACCUGAUUGGCUGGGGGGUGCCUGCCUUCAUCACAGGUUUGGCGGUGGGUUUGGACCCCGAGGGCUACGGGAACCCGGACUUCUGUUGGUUGUCCAUGUACGACACCCUGAUCUGGAGCUUUGCAGGACCCAUCGCCAUGGUUGUGUCGAUGAACGUCUUCCUGUACAUCCUGUCCUCCAGAGCCUCCUGCUCACUGAGACACCACAGCAUCGACAAGAAAGAGCCACAAGUGUCGGGCCUGAAAACUGCAGGUGGCGUCCUCUUCCUGGUUUCAGUCACAUGUUUUCUGGCGCUCCUCUCCGUCAACAGUGACAUGAUCAUCUUCCACUACCUGUUUGCCGGCUUCAGUUGUGUGCAGGGUCCUUUUGUUUUCUUCUUCCGAAUAAUCUUCAAUAAAGAAGCGAGGACUGCUAUGAAGUACUGCUGUGGGCGCAAGCGUCCUGAUCACAUGAUCAAAUCAAAGGGUUAUAAAUGCAACACAAACUACAUGGAUGGCAGGUUGUACCACCUCCCGUUUGGAGACUCCAGCGUGUCUCUGAACGGCACCAUGCAGAGCAGCAAGAGCCAGCAGAGCUACGUGCCCUUUGUCCUUCGGGAUGAUGGGCUGAGUAACAGCCAGGCGCACAUCGCUCUGAAUGACCACACGUCACUCUUCCACGAGACGAAGGAGCGCUUGGACGAUCGUGACAGCGACUCGGACAGCGAUCUUUCUAUGGAGGAUGACCAGAGCGGUUCCUACGCGUCCACGCAUUCCUCCGACAGCGAGGACGAGGAGGGUCCCCUCGCGCCAGGGGAAUGCUGGGAAAACCUGGCGUCUAAUGGUGCUAAGAAACCUCAACCGCACGACAACAGUGUCAGUAAGGCGUACUGGCCAGAUUACGCAGCGGUAGUCAGUGAGAGCGAGCUCGCAGGCAGAGCAAACACGGAGACUCCAGAGCCCGUCCUCCUCCGUAACAUGCGGGCGUUGUCAGACGAGAGGCCACAGGACUCCGUCACGAUGCUGCUACCGGCCCUGCCCCACCUCAACGCCCACCCCCACCGAGGCAUCCUGAAAAAGAAGCAGCUUUCUCCGAUAGUAGAGAGGAACGGUCUGCACCACAUCCACAACGACGUGUCCGACAGCGCUCCGGGCACAGCGUCCCCGCACGGCUCCUCCUCCAGUGACAACCGAACAGGCCCGGCCAAGCGCGGCCCGCCCGACCAGCUGAACGGCAUCGCCCUGAGCAUCAAGGCCGGGACCGUGGACGGUGACUCGUCAGGGUCAGACAGCCACUGCAACACCUCCAUGUGACCUGCUCACGGAGGGGUGUGUCUUUGCAGGUCGUAGAGGCUCCGUCCUCUGCAGGGACUGCAAACCAGGAGCAACGGAGUUCACUUUGGAAAGAAAAACUCAUGUGGAACAAGAAGGAAUUUACACCCUCGUCAUCAUAAUACUCUGAUGGAGCGCGUGUGUGUGUGUGUGUGUGUGUGUGUGUGUGCGCGUGUGUGCGUGCGUGUGUGUGAGAGUUCAGUAAUCUGUGCCAAACCUGAGGAGUCCCUGGACACUGAGAGAACAAGUCUCCCUUUAAAGAAAUUGUUUUGUUUACAUACUUGAAGCAAUGCACUUUUUUUUUUUAUUUACUGCCCAGAUUUGUUGUUUAUUUUGUUGUUUUUUUGUUUUGUUCUGGAAUAGAACUUUGGGACAAUAAACACGUCAUCGAUGCUUUCACGGUGGGUCAUUUAGUUGUAGACUUCAGCCAUUCAGGGACAGGUUUUCCAUGUGGAGCAGUGUUGUGCCGUCUCUCUGGCUGCUGCGUCCGGACCAGUUUUCCAGUUUUCCGGAGGUUCAGACUCAGGUUGUCAAGUUUUGUCACGAGUUCAAACUGUCACAGAGGCACAGGACGGUCAAGAUGUCACUCACAGACACCGGGGCUCUGUGUGCGUAUUCAUGGACUGAAUUUGAUAACGGACUGUUAGUGGAUGCUCCAUAAGCUACGUCUCAUCACUGAAGUGUUUCAGGGGUCAAAUCUGCACCUGCAGAAAAGACUCAAAAGACUUUGUAUACUUUGUUUUUUUUGUAAAUCACUUGGAGCAUUUUUUUUCCACAGAUGCUCCCAUAUUUCAUCAUUGUUCCUGAGGGUUCAUUCGAGUUCAGUGACUAAACAUCUGUAUUUUAUAGAUUAGAAAAAGACAUUUCUCUUUUGUAAAAAAAUAAAUAAAAAUAAAAUAAAUAAUAAUAAGAUAAAUACAUGCAGACAUGUGCUGUAAUUCUGUGGGAGCUGUAAUCAUUUCUGCUGUACAGAGUGGCCAGUAAGUGAAUCAAGGACUCAGUUUUAAAUGUAACGAUGAAUCGCUCUCGAUGUUCGGGAGGAAAUAUUGUUUAUGGAUUGCUACUGUCGGUCAGAUGGAUGUGAUGUUCGUUGAAGCCAUUUCUAAUGUAUACAUUACACGCCAUAAGAAUCAAUACUACCAAGUCAAUCACGGUGUUAUAAUGCUGGUGUCCGAGCACAGGAUUGUCUCUUUUAUGCUGUCAUUCCUGUUUUUACCAAUUAAACUGUU